UCAAGAUGCUGAUGAAUAUUGCCGAGCUAGAGGUGGUUUAAUGGUUCAUCAAGUAGGAAAUAUUUCCCAUUCUUUCUUGGCAGGAGAGCUAGAAAGACUAAAAGACCAGCUGAAAUCCAAAUUAGUUUGGCUAGGAGCACAGAGGAAGCCAGGUUUGACAUCAGAAAAUUGGCAUUGGGUAAACGAUGAUCAUGUGGUAGAAUAUUUAUGGGCUUCUGACCAGCCUAACAACUACAAUAGUCAACAGAAUUGUGUGGUAUUAGAUGGAGAGAGGAAAUGGCUAUGGAAUGAUGUAACUUGUGGCCUUAAUUAUUUAUCUUGGAUAUGCCAAUACAAACCUUCGAACUGUGGAAGUCCAGACAUAGAGGAAAAUACAACUAUUACUGAGAAUGAUUACAGGAUUGGCAAGUUUGUGACGUACCAGUGUCCAGUUGGACACAUGGUGAUGGGAGCAAAAAGAAGAAUGUGUGGAUCAGAUGGUUUCUGGACUAGCUCUGCUCCAACUUGCAAAUAUGUCAACUGUGGGCCCCUUCCUGAUAUUAGAAAUGGAAAUGUGAACCUUAUUGAGUCACGUACUACUUUUAAUGCAACUGCUAUGUACUUAUGUCACCAAAAUUAUUCCCUAAUGGGAAACCAAACCAGAGUAUGCACUAGUGAUGGCCAGUGGAGUGGUGAAGAACCACAAUGCCUGUUCCAUUUCUGUUCCUCUGUUGUACCUCCAACCAAUGGUAGUUUGGAUAUAACUGGACAUAAAUAUGGGGACACAAUUAGUUACAGUUGCAACAAAGGACACGUAUUGCUCGGUGAUAAAUUCAGUAUCUGUGAACUGGGUGGAAACUGGACAAGCAAACCACCUGAGUGUAAACGCAUUGAUUGUGGCCCACCACCAGAUAUAAAGAAUGGAAAGUUUGUUCUAUUGGAUCACUCCACCACUUACUUAAGUAAGGUCCAAUACUAUUGUGAUCCAGAAUAUGAACUAGACAGUCAGAAUGAAAGAAUUUGCUUAGAUACAGGAAGUUGGGAAGAACCAGAUCCCCUUUGUAAAAUGAUUGAGUGUGGUGAGCCUGAAGCUCUACAAGGGUCCUAUGUAAAACCUCAUAAUGUCACAGUUAACUCAACUAUCGAAUACAUCUGUGAACCAGGUCAUCUUAUGAUUGGAAAGUCCAAAAGAAAAUGUGGAUUGAAUGGAUUGUGGACAGGACAGCCUCCCAUUUGUAAAUAUAUUGAUUGUGGUAUAGUACCUCCUGUGUUGAAAGGAGAGGUCACUUAUCCAAAUAGUACAACCUUCUUGAACAGUCUUGUGACUUACUCUUGCUCAAAAGGAUUCAAACUCAUUGGUACUGGAAUGCGCCAUUGUGAAGAAAAUGGCCUUUGGACGGGAAGUGCUCCUAGUUGUAAAGACAUUGACUGUGGUAUUCCAUCUCUAAUAAAUAAUGGAAGUUGGCAGUUGCUUGAAAACACUACUUACUAUGGAAGUACUGUAGAAUACAGUUGUGAAGAAACCUAUGAAGUGAGAGGACCAAUCAGAAGAGUAUGUCUGGAUAACAGCACUUGGAGUGGAGAAGAACCAAAAUGUGUGGAAAUUUCCUGUGGUAAACCAGAAAAACAAAAUCGAAAAACAGUAGUGGAAGGCAAGACCUUCUCUGUUGGUGGUGUUGUUCAUUAUUCCUGUGUACCAGGAUAUCAUUUGAAAGGUCAAAUCACUAGGACAUGUCAAAAAAAUGGUCAAUGGUCAGGUGCUAUGCCAUCAUGCAUAGUGGUAGACUGUAAACACCCCAGUGUGGUUUUAAAUGGAAGAGGAUUUCUUGUAAAUGGAUCUACUACUUUUGGAAGCAUUGUGGAGUAUGAAUGUCUUCCAAAUUUUAAGAUGGUUGGAAUACCAGUUCGACAGUGUUUAGUGUCUGGAUAUUGGAGUGGCCAGGAAAUAGCAUGUGAAGAUAUCACUCCAGUUCCUAAGGAAAACACUGUGGAUGAAAAACACUAUGACAACCAAACAGGGGCCAAGCUGGAUACAUCUAAAACAAUUGGUAUAGCAGUAGCUGUUGGAUGUGGAGCUCUUCUAAUACUGAUCAUUAUUAUUGUUGUAGUCUGUUUAAAAACGAAGAAAGCUAAACCUGUGAAAAAUGUAGAUGUUCAAGGACAAGAAGAAAAGGAUGCCACAGUAACCCCAUAUUCUAGGUUCAGUAUAGAACCAGAAACAUCUGUGGACAACUACAGUACAAAUGAGAGUGGAGAAAUUUACCACCACAAUAAUACUCUUGUAACAUACAGCAGUCAUCCACAAACUAAAUACACAAACAUUACUGUUAACGGAGAAAAUCUUGCCCUCCCUCACAACAUUGGGAGACAGAGCAGGAGGCCCCAGUCAUUUUCGAUGCAAACCUACCCAGUGUAG